CAGGCAGCAAAAUGUCUCGGGACGGCACCUAACUGGAAGGGGUUAAGAAAGAAAACAAAAAGACAGGUCGCCCAAUGCCUAGACCAGCCCGGAAAUGAGUGCUGCGGUGUGUUUCCUUUUCCUGCCCUCGCCUUUUGGGUUGGUUUGCCUGACUGGAAUCAGCAGCAGGAGCAAAGAAGGGAGGAAACAACAAAAGCAGAAUUUCCCGCCCUUUUGCAUGAUCCAGUUGGAAGACCUGCAAAGUGGAUCGGAGGAAAGAGGUCAGGAGGGGAGCAAGAGGAAGAAAAGGGGGUGAAGAUGCAGAGGAAAUCACAAAUUUUCCAGGUUGCAUUUUGUCUCAUGAAAGUCAUCCAGAAACUUGCUCGCAAUGCAGCAUUUUUCUUGUUAGAUUGGUAGGAGACAGUGCCUCUGAGUGUGGAUGCUUUCGUUGCCACUCGGCUGAAGACUUGGGAUUCCAUUUCCCAUCUCAUUGUCUUGGAGAGACACUUUGAGGUGUCUGUGAGGUUGACCAAAACUGGUUCCUUAAGGAAGCACUCCCGACCCCGUUCCAUUCUGCACGCCUCCACAGUGCUGGUGUGAUCACCUCUUCCCUGGCCAUCCAGAAGAAAAUCCUCCAACGAGGCUGGAUACAACCUCUCCCUGGAGAUCAGGUGAAAGCCACUAAGGUGGCAUCCAAGAUGGCAAUGGGAAGAGGGGAAACCGCUGCCCUUCAGCCCCGGGGUGCACCAGGGUUGCAGCCGCCUCUGAAAACAGAGGAGCGAGACCCAGCUGGGCAUGAACUCCGGGGCAGAGGGGUGCCUCGUUUGCACCCAGCUGGCUCCAUGCGGGAGUUUUUAUCCAGGGAAUCUCAACGGGUGAAGCAGGAACCAGAUGAAGGGCUUCAACAGCAGCAGCGGCAACCCCCACCCCUGCCACCAUCACAGCAACACAACUGGGAAUCUCAAAGACAGGAGUUUUCUAAAUCAGUCCAAUAUCCCCAGUCUGGAUGGAGAAACCCACCAAUGUACAAGUCCCUGCCAUGGGAUACAAAUGCCUUUCCGUCUUCCUAUGAUGCUCCACCCAGUGCAAGCCAGUGGCCUUCUGGAGGAGGCUGGGUGCCCCAAGACCUCCCGACCCUCAGCCGAGAUGCCCAAACCACCUACAGCGGGCAGGAGCAAAGGGAGCGAAGGAAUUACGGGACUGCAAAAGAAGAGGUUCCCAAUGAGAAUGCAGUCACCUCAGAGAUCCGGCGCCAGCGCUUCCGACACCACCGCUACCAGGAGACUGAGGGGCCUCGGGAAGUCUGCCGGCAGCUCCAAGAACUCUGCCGCCAGUGGCUGCGGCCAGAGCGGCAGAGCAAAGAGCAGAUCUUGGAGGUGCUUAUUCUGGAGCAGUUCCUGGCCGUCCUGCCUCUGGAGAUUCAGAACUGGGUCAGGGAACACGGGCCGGAGAGCUGUGCCCAAGCGGUAGCCUUGUCGGAAGAUUUCCUCAUGAGGCAGCGCGAGGCCCUGAGAAAAGAGCAGGCGCUGUGGACGUUUGAUGAGGUAGUGGCGAAUGCACCCUUGGUUCAGCAAAUGCCGUUUCCAGGUGUGACGCAGCAGGUCCAUUACCCCACUUUGGGGUUGCCGAUGCAGUACCCAUCCAUGACCCAGCAGACCCUGUAUCCUGCUAUUGGCCAGCAAGCCCCAAACCCCAUCAUGUCGGAGAGGAUGCCAUUGCAUGCUGGGGGAACACUACUCUGUCGGGAACCUGUGCCGGAGGGUGGAAAGAACCUCAGGCCAUAUGGGCCUAUCCAGGAGUUCCGGAGGCCCCUGACGAAUGCCGAGCGGAUGCGCAACCGACGGAUGCGCAACCGGAAGCAGCGUCUGGAGACCAGCAUGCAGCUCGUGGAAUCAGCCUCUCGGGCGCCCUCGAUGCUUCUGGACGCCAUGCGCGGGCUGCACCACCAGGACCUGAAAGCCUUCGACCGGGCCAGGCAGGAGGAAUGGCAGCACCGCAAGCAGGAAAGGUGCCAAGACCGAGCCACAUCCCAGUUAAUGGUCAGUGCUCUUGAGCGCUCCCACAGCGACCUGGGGCAGUUCUUGGGGAGGCAAACUGUGACCAUGGCAGCCAUUGCAGCAGUUUUUGCCGGCCGGAGGUCUCCCUCGCAUGGAACUCAUCGUGGACAUGGUGCUCACCUGGACCACAAUAAUCCGCCAGAAUCCAGAACUCCACUACAACCUGGCCAUGUGCCUGGUAUGCCUUCAGAGCCCACGUCUGGACCCGUAAUCCCGUGUCCGGUGCCUCCCUUGGCCACACCUGGUGGCGUUUGCGACCCCAUUCCUGAACCAUCUCCAACAGACAGCCCUCAGGAGGAUGCAGCUCCCGACUCCCCAACACCAUCCACUUCAGAUGCCACCUCACGGACACUUGACACAAGACUGAACAGAGGGACAAAAAGGAAGAUGUGGGAAUAGUAUGAUUGUCAUUCCUUGGAGUUUUAGUCACAUGUUGACAUAGCUUCCACCACAGACAGGGUCAACAGGAUGGUAUUCUGCCCUUGUCCUAUUUUUCAAAUGUAUCCUGCUAUUAUCCCAUUUCAACUACCAUACCUUUUCAACUAUCAUCUUUAGGCAUCUGUAAAAUGGGAAUAAUCAGCCUGCCUUGCAAGGUGGUUGUGAGUGUGCAACUGUGUAGCCAUUUCAUUCUACUUUCUAAGUCUUUGAAGGGGGGUGGGGAAGGGGGAAAUUUUCCAGAACAUUAUUUAUUUCUGGAAAAUUAUUUCUUUUUUGUGAUCCUUCUCAGAAUCUGGCCUAUAGGGGAUUUUGUUAAGGACUGAUGAAGAAACCAAAUUUUCCAUGCCCUGCAAAAGCAACACUACACUACAUCUCAGGGCCCACGUUGGCCCUACAAUUGUUUUUUUCUUUCUAUUUUAUUUAUUAUAUUUGUUAUAAAAGUCUGUAACAUACUUGUUAUACUCAGGUUGACAAGCAACAGCGAAUACCCCCCUGACUGCAGUUAAUAUACAGUAAAAUGACAGCUCAAUAAAAGGUGAGAUGAUAAAACUACCUGUUUUGAGAUUUAAAAACAAAGCUGGAGAAUGAAAAACA